UGUGUGUGUGUGUGUGAGAGAGAAAGAAUGAUAAAGGCAGCGAGGAGAGGGGGGUGACUUUGUUACUCCGCCCGAAAACUCUAGUGGGAGGGUGCUCAAAUGAAGUGUAUGAGGAAAGCGGCGAGUUGGGACGCGUCUUUGGAGAAACGAGGUGGAAGAGUUGACUCGGCGUAAACACACGUUUUCAUCCCCCUCGAAAAGGCAUCUGGAGAGUCGUCGGUCGCGUGCCCUGUAUCUGUGAACCGGUGGCGGAGGAGUCUCUGUGCGGUUUAGUUGACUCCCGGUGUGGUGGUGGUCGGAGCGUCCAUCCAAUGUGCGUAAAAGGGCUCUAUUUCUUCACCGUCCUGUGCGGACUUGCAGCUUCAGGCAUGCUGCAGGUCAGCGGGAUGCGUAUAUACACAUAUGGGGAAAUGGAGGCAGUCAACGGGACGGACGCUCGUCUCAAGUGCACAUUUCAGAGUUCCUCUCCUAUUAAUGCCAAGACAAUUGUCAUCUCGUGGAGCUUUAGACCCCUCAAAAAAGGCAGAGAGGAAUCGGUGUUCCACUACCAGGAACGACCCUAUCCUCCUCUAGAGGGCAUUUUCAGGAAGCACAUCUCCUGGGCCGGUGACAUCAUGGGCCAAGACGCCUCCAUCAUAAUUAAAGAGGUCAAGUUCACCUACAACGGCACUUUCAUCUGCCAGGUCAAGAAUCCGCCGGAUGUCCACGGAUCAGUUGGAGAGAUUCAUCUGCGUGUCGUCUCCACAGCCUCUUUCUCCCAACUUCUCCAUCUGGCCUUGGCCAUCGCGGGCGGCAUCACUGCAGUGGUCCUCCUCAUCAUGCUCAUCCUCUACUGCAGGAGGUGCAAGAAACGGAGACAGAGGCAGCCGGAGGGGAGCGAGGAAGCUCCCCGCAAAGAGAGAAAAGACCCCACUGUGUGCCACCCCUUGAGGUCCAUACACCUUUACAUGUCAGAGACGUCCUUAGAGAUUGACAGCUCAGAUGGCAUGAUCUCAGAGGCCAGCACUAAGGACCCAAGCUCCUCAGAGGACGAGGGCCCGAGCUCAGACGACGACGUUGGCGAUGACUCAGACUGAGGAAGUGGCGACAGAAAAGGCUUCACUGAUGUGAAGAUAGCCAGUAAGCUUGCUGGAGGGAAGCCCAGAUGGCACCCUUAGAUUUAAAUCAAGGGUUCUGCUGAGUUAAGGCCAAAUGAAGAGAGCGCUGCUGCUGCAGUGUCAGAGACAAGUACUGAAUUGGAGGAAAAUGGAAAGAAGGUUCUGUUUAAAAGUUUCCAAACAAGAACAAAGAAAUAUGAGGGAUGGUUUUGAUAAUGAUCAAGGCUUUUGGAGCAAUAUCAAAACUACGGCAACACUGCAUUAGAGAGAGUCCAAAAAUUCAUGUGGGGGGAAAACAUGCUGGAUUAAACUAGCAGGGUUUAUGAAGUGAGAGGCGUUAUGAUCCUGAAGUUGUUAUGGCCAAUGUCGUGAAGGAGAAAGGAAUCCAUCUGUGUCCAAUAACUGUCUGUUCUUCUAGACGGUGACCUUGUUAUGUGUCAGAAGUCAAUAUAGAAAUCAGCUGUAACGAGCAAUGGAUUUCACCCAAAAAUCCUGGCAUGGAAGUACUUUAACCUGAGGACAGUGUUGGCUGCUGUUACAGCCCUUUAUAUUUAAAUUGGCAUCUAUAAUGUUUGUGUAAAUUAGACACCUAGCAUAAAAAUGUGUAUUUGUCCAAUAAAAUAAGAUGCAUUUAUUAGUCCCAAACACAUGCACAGACAUGCAAAGGCACACUCAUGCAGGUAGGGAAAUUUAACUUCUGGUUUUGACCCAUCUGGUGCAGGACACACAGAGCAGUGAGCGAACAUGUACGGUGCUCGGGGAGCAGAUGUUAGGGGAGUAAGGUGCCUUGCUCAGGGGCACUAGACAGGGUAGGGAGACUCUUGGAUUUUUGGACAGAUCAAUCCAGGUUCGUCUUUUGUUGUCUCUCUGUGGAGUCGAACCAGAGACGAAUCACAGACCUUCUCUGCCCAUAGUCCAAGUUUCUGCCACUAGACCACCGCGGCCCACAAGCAGUGGCUACAAUGCAAUCUUAAGGGGCAACCACGGCAGUUCAUGGAAUGUCCACUCAAAGUGCUUUGUUCAUGAUGAUAUGCUCAGAUUGUUGUUCUGGGAAGAGUCUGGCAACAUUACACAUGUCUUAUUUAAAGAGUAAGAAAGAAAAGUCCCUGUGAACCGUGCAGCAGCUAAUUGCUCCUCCUCUGUUUGUUGCUGCCAUUUUUUGAUCGAAAAAGCACUUUUAUUGGACAUUUCGUGGACUGUUGCCCCAUAAGAUUACUUGUGUCCAUCUACUGGAUGGAUUCCAAAAUUUUUUUUAGACACGUUAAUGACCCAGGUUGGAAAAUAAUGGAAUGCCCCUGUAAAGGACAAAGAGAAGGCAAAGGAGUUUUUAAAAUCAAUGUUGUCCUCCAAAGGAAAAGAGCCUUACAAAUCUUCCCAUCAAAUGACUUGGUCUAAAAAAGCAUUCAUAUAAUGUUUCUUAUAUUUAGCAUGAAGGCCCAAAUACCUGAUCGCUGCGGAACAAAAACGCAUGUAUGCAAAUAUGCUGUGUUGUGUUGAGUUGCGUUUGGGAGUGCACAGUCAGAUCUGAAAACCCUUUCAUGCAAAAUGUCCUUGAGAUCCUUUUUUCCUCACCUUGCGUCUGUGAAUGCAUCACGUCUACUAACAAAUGAUUGUAACUGUCUUAUUUCUGUGACAGAAUUUUGUUCUUGUGACCUUAUACUGAGCAAUAUGUUUGUAGAUUUUUAUAGAUAAUACCAGAAGUAUUUUGUACUGUUUUUUUUAAUGUCACUGUUUGAUUUAGAGAUUUUAUAAAAACAAGGUUUUCUAAUAAAAAAUGCCUUUAAAUCCU